AUGGCGAAUUCUACAUCUACGAGCACUGGAUUAGACAGUGCUCCGUCGUCUGGAAUUGAUGCAGGGAGUCACUUCUACAUUCAUCCCUCAGAUAAUCCUGGAGCAGUACUUGUAACAGUUCCUUUCAAUGGUACUGGUUUCCAUUCAUGGCGUCGUAGUGUACUUCGUUCCUUGUCAGUGAAGAACAAGCUAGUGUUCAUCAAUGGUGAGUGUAAGAGACCAGAGGUGAGUCAUUCCAGUUAUCGUCAAUGGGUGAGAUGUGAUGAUAUGGUCACUUCGUGGAUUCUCAACUCUCUAGAUCGAGACAUUGCCGAUAGUGUUGAAUAUGUCAAUGAUGCUUUGGAAUUGUGGACAGAACUGGAGGAUCGAUAUGAUCAGACAAAUGGAGCAAAAUUGUAUCAAACUCAGAAGGAAAUAAAUGACCUUAAUCAAGGUAUUCUCGAUAUCACAACAUAUUACACUCGUAUGAAGAAACUUUGGGAGGAAUUAAACAGUUUAUGUGUUUCAAGUCAGUGUAGUUGUGUGUGUGUGUGUGGAGCUAAAGCUAAUGUUCAGAAGGCAGAGCAAGACAGACGUUUGAUUCAAUUUCUGAUGGGCUUGAAUGUGGUAUAUACUACGAUUAGGGGAAGCAUCUUGAUGAUGAAUCCCUUACCAUCCUUGGCACAAGCCUUUGCCUUACUAGUGCAGGAGGAAAAACAACGAGAAUUUAAACCAAAUAAUCAACUGUUUACUGAGAGUAGUUCUCUAGCUGCAGUUUCAUCAAGUUCAGGAGGUAAAAGUUUUCAAACAAACUAUUCUACCUCCAGCACAACACCAAGAGGAAGACCUUUCUGUGACUAUUGUAGAAGACCAGGACAUGUUAGAGCAAAGUGUUAUAAGUUGCAUGGCUAUCCAUCUAAUGACACAAAUGGCUCUGCUCGUGAUCAGCAUAAUCCAAGGAACACAGUUCAAAAUACAUAUCCAAAUCCAAGGCAUAACAAUAAAGGAAGAGGUGGAUCAGCAAACUCUGUAAGACUAUCCUGUGAUGGAGAUGCUAGUGGGCAAACAAAGGAAUCAAGUUCAACCUCUUGUAAUGACCCUCAAGGAAAUGAGAAUAUCAGUAUCACCAAGGAGCAAUAUGAUCAAGUUUCUCACUUGCUGAAUCAGUUUCAAAAUGAUGGAGUAUGUGGAUCUGUGAACUUUGCAGGCCCCUUCACUGAAGAGGCCUCUGGAAAUUGGUAAGAUGCAUGAUGGCCUUUACUUCCUUUGCUCAGACUGCUUACAAAAGAAUUCACAUGCUCAGCAUUAUUCAUCUUCUCUCUACCCUUUAUCCAGUAAUAAAGUACAAUGUACAUCUCUUUC